AUGUGGGAGCAGGAGGCAGAGCAGGAGGCAGGGAAGGAGCCAGAGCAGGAGGCAGAGCAGGAGGCAGGGAAGGAGCCAGAGCAGGAGACAGGGCAGGAGGCAGAGCAGGAGGCAGAGCAGGAGGCAGGGCAGGAGGCAGAGCAGGAGGCAGAGCAGGAGGCAGAGCAGGAGACAGAGCAGGAGGCAGGGCAGGAGCCAGGGCAGGAGGCAGAGCAGGAGGCAGAGCAGGAGGCAGAGCAGGAGGCAGAGCAGGAGGCAGGGAAGGAGCCUGGGCAGGAGGCAGAGCAGGAGGCAGAGCAGGAGCCAGGGCAGGAGGCAGAGCAGGAGGCAGAGCAGGAGGCAGAGCAGGAGGCAGAGCAGGAGGCAGAGGCUACACUGGACAUCUGCUCUUAA